GUGACGUUUUAUUUUGUGAAACAGCAUGUUUUUUUUUUAAGUCUGUUUAUCAUUAGUCUGAGUUUAUGUGAGCUUCCACCUUCCAAGUCCCUGUGAAUGAGACGUUACUAUAGAAACGAGAAGUUAUAAGAGCGAGCGGAUUGAUAUCAACCUGUGAUCCGUGCUCCAGCCGGAACUCCUUUCCGAGUCGUGCUGCUGAUGAAAAGAAUGCACACCUUUCACCCAGUCAAAUUUGAGAAUUUAAACAGGUGGUAUUAUAAACUAAUUGACAUCCUUCCUUCUUUUCCAGCUGCGUCCCCGAGUGUGUAGUCCGGUUUUUAUUGCACUGUUGAUGAAUGUUGUGUAUCACAGUUUAUCCAGUCCACAUCAGUGAGGUGAAUUUACUCUCAGAGUCUCAGACUCCGGAGCUGCAGAGUGUCACAGCAGCGCAGUUCAUUAGCCUGCUUUAUGAUGCUGGGAUCAGACGACAGGAUAUUUUUAUCUUUCACGAUGGUCACCAAGUCAGAUCAGAUGAUCAUAGUGCCAGAAAUUUUUGCCGUGUUUUGGUCGGGAGACUGGAAACACAAGUUUAAUGUCGACCAAUCAUCGCUCAUGGCCUCACGUGUCAUCGAGGAGGAGGGUCAAGAAACUGUCAAUCAUGGCAACAGAAGCAAUGUCAAGAAAUACAUUUGUCAGAGACAAGAAAAUACAAAUAAUUCUGACAUGCUAGACUUUUCUUUGGGGUGUCAUGGGGCGUCCCAGACACCACAUCACUGUUCCACGAUUAUAUCACUUCACAAAGCCUGUUUGUCAUUUCCAACGUUCAUGUUCAGGCUCAAUGCUGGGAAUUUUUCAGCCACAACAAAAUCAUGUCAAAAUCAGGCUGAAUUCAUGUUGUCUGAUCCUGGCAUUACUGACUGAGACCUUUCACAGUCCAAGUAUAAGAAAAGAGAAAACACACAUCUCUCUGUUGGCUCUCGAACCUGAGAUCAUCGCUCCUGCUCUGAGAACACUGUCCUGAUUGUUCAAGGAAGUGACAUCAUUCAUUUGAUAACCAAUUCACCAAGUUCACAUCACUGAUUAAAUCCCAGAGAGGAAUUCCAGACCAGCUCAUGACCCUGCUGGCAACGAUCCAAACACACACACACCCCACCCUUCCUGCUGAUAUUUCACAUCCAGCUCCUGGAAAAGAAAAUAAACCUGCUAAAAGUUGAUAAUGUUAGGAAAACUUGAAACAGGACAGAAACAAGAAGCAGAGAUCAAUACUAUGGGGAGGAUUCCAGAGUCUAGAGGCUGUGCCACUAAAGUAUUGGCACCCACACUCUCGCACACUGCCAGUAAUCUAAUGGAGAUCGGAUGUAAAGCAGCUGAAAUCUGGAUCGCCAGUAUGUCUCGCUGGGAGCUGAUUGAGCUGCAGGACCUCUCCCCCAGGGACAGGAUCGAGUUAGCACCCGCUGGUGCACCUGUGGGCCCCCAGAAGCCCCCAGAGCGGCUGAUCCCAGGUCACACGGUGCAUCUGGUUGGAGACACGGUGCAGUUUGAUGUUUCGUUCUGGAAGACGUUCAGACGGGGGGAAGGUCACAACUUCCUGGCAUGCAGUCACACACAUCUCUCCUGGUGUGACUUGUGUGGGGGAUUCAUCUGGGGCCUUUACAAACAGAGCCUGCGCUGCAUCAACUGCAGGUACACGUGUCACUCCCGCUGUCGGCCCCUGAUACAGCUGGACUGUGAAGCUGUACUUGCACACUCGGAUUGUGGUGAGGACAUCGAGACAGACACGGACGUGGACACUGUGAUUGACUGGAGGAAACAGCAGCAGCUCUCUGUCACUGAACUCCAACACAAAGUAAAAGAAUACAACGCGCAGAUCAACAGCAACCUCUACAUGAGUUUGAACAGGGAUGGCUCAUAUACGGGUUUCAUUAAGGUCCGGUUCCAGCUGGCUCGGCCCGUCUCUCUUCCUCCCGCUCAGAGACUGUCCUCAUCUUCAUCUUCUUCUUCCUCUUUCUGCUCCUCAUUUUCCUCCUCGUCCUCACACGGCCUCUGCACAUCAUUCUACCUGCCCCGGGACACGUCCAAGCAGCUGCACAUCAGCUCGCACACCCAGGUCCGAGAGGUGAUCGAAGCUCUGCUCAACAAAUUCACAGUGGUGGACAAUCCGGCCAAAUUCGCUCUGUUUGAACGCAGCGAGAGGAGCUGUCAGGUGUAUGUGAGGAAGUUGUGUGAUGACGAGCGUCCACUCUUCCUGCGUCUGUGUGCAGGCCCCAGUGAGAGCAUGCUCAGCUUCAUACUCAGAGAGAACGAGACAGGAGAGGUGAACUGGGACGCGUUCAGUCUUCCCGAGCUCAGUAACUUCCUGCGGAUCCUGCAAAGGGAGGAGGAGGAGCAUGUCCGGCAGAUCGUCCAGCGCUACUCAGUGGCACGGGAAAAACUGAAAGAGGCUCUGAGGAGCUUCAGCACGCCGGGAUGAGAAGAGCUGGACAUAACACACACUGCUGAGGACAGGAGUCUGAACCAUCAGUGUGCGAAAACAAAGUGCUGCUUCAGGACGAGCUCAGGGUCUCAAACACACACACACACACACACACACACAGCACUGAGGAGGGAAAAAACAAGCAGAUGUAGCAUUGACACAUCAAUUUGUGACGACACACUCCUGUAUGCCUCUUUAUUGUACAUCGAGUACACUACAUAGGACGUAGAGGUGAAUAUGUUAAACCUGAUGUCCAGACAGGAUGGAGCAUUUACACAAAGAGUCAGAGCCGAAUCUGAAUGUCUAUUCUUACAGGACAGAAAUGUGUGCUACAUGGAGUAUGAUAAUAAAGCUAGUACUUUCACUCAGUGUGAUGUGCUUCCACAGAGAGAGGAGGACAACAAAAUGGCAGCUUCCUAUUGCACAUAAACUCUACAGCCAAAAGUCUGUGACACCUGAAAUCAUGUCCAGGUCUUUGCUGAUGUCAUAAUCAUGUAACAUCAUCGAUUAACAAGACCUAAACAUUCUUCAUGUUGCUCAACACUGGAGCAUUAUAAAAACAGCCCUCCUGAACGUCCAGAAUCACACGUGUUGUUUUUUUUUUUUUUUGGGGG